GGUCAACCAAGAUACCUUUUUUCUUACCCAAAAGAAGCUCAUUUUUUUCUCAGGGGACAAAAAUGGCUGCUCACACACUCUUUUCCUUUGCAACUAUUUCCACUCGAUGUUCCCAUCAUGAUUCCAUAAAACCCGACCCGUUUUCUCAAAAUCUCCAGAUACGUACUCACAAGCUACAAAGUCAAUGGUUAGCCAUUACCAAACUACCUCUUCAAUCCUCCAAUCUUCAACCCUGUUUACCCAAGACCCGACCCAUCGCCGCCACUGUUACAUUCAGUCUCCCAACUGCGAAUCCAGAGAGCGCUAAUUCAAUUGAAAAUGCUCCCAAAUGGUCGUUGAAAGGAAUAAAGUCUUUUGCCAUGGGUGAAUUGGAGGCAAGGAAGCUCAAGUUUUCAACUACUGGUACUGAAGCUAUUCUGAUGGGAAUUUUGGUCGAGGGAACAAAUCGGGCUUCAAAACUACUGCGUGCAGAUGGGUUUACACUUUCCAAAGUGCGGGAGGAGGCCAUCAAAUUGAUUGGAGAACCUGACUAUUUUUAUUUCAGUCCCGAGCAUCCACCUCUGACUGAAUCAGCUCAAAAGGCCCUCGAUUGGGCUGUUGAUGAAAAACUGAAAUCAGGCGAUGAUGGAGAAAUUACAACAUCUCACCUUCUUCUUGGAGUGUGGUUGGAAGAGGAAGCAGCAGGACACAAAAUAAUGGCUACUCUCGGCUUCAACGACGAAAAAGCCGAAGAACUCCGCUCUGUAAUUUCUAAACCUGGUUUUGUUGAAGAGUAACAACUUCAUCAACAUGCAUUGUUAUCAAAUGAAUCGCCAUUUUUUAAUCCGGUAAAUGUCGUUCAAGUUGUGAUAAUCUUUUUUUUACCAUUCUUGAAAAGUGUACAAUCAAACUUAGCAUCCGAUUCUCACUCCCUUUGCCAGUUCAUUAACAUGUUUUUGUAGUAGAACUGUAAAUAACCGACACCAAAACUAGUUUCUUGGGUUUUCUGC